CCCCUACUCGUCUCAAAGCCUUCCCUGCCUCGACGUUGCGGUACGGAUGGCAUUCUAUCCUCCUAGACACCUUACACUCGGCGCUGGCGAAAGGUGACGCGCUUCAUCUCUCUGCCAACAUGUUCGUCGCCGCAGACGAAUUGCCUCAUCUGAAGGCAUGGCUGAUGAACAAAUUGCCUGAAGUAUCUGACACGGAAACUGAUAUUUUGGCCGACUACGUUUUAGCGUUGCUCACUUCCCAGGAGGGAGACGCGUCGCAAAUUCGUCUCGGCUGCGAGUCGGAGCUUCCGCCCUUCCUGAAUCCUGAUGCAACUUCCAGGUUCGUGGACGACUUGUUUCGCGCCAUCGAGUCGAAAACUUUCCUUCCCCCCGAACUACGUCCUCCCCCAGCAAAAAAGCCUCCUGAAUCGCAGUCAUCUCCGAGCCAAGAGCCCUCCUCUCGCCCCGAAGAGAACAGGAAACGCUCUUAUUACGAGAGGGAAAAUUCGGAGGCGGCCUACAGGCCCACUGCUGGCGAACGUGCUUUCAAGCAACCUAGGAGGGGCGGCGCUUUUGGUCGUGGCAUUCCUGCAACUGAUGCAAACGGCUCCCAAAACUACGACCCGCGAAACGUGUUCCCUACCAAUGCCUUCCCGUCCCAACUGCCUCCUAUCGAUCCGACCCAGGUAAACCCCUUCAACACCCUACCUACGACCCCAGCAUACGGGCUUCCUCAGCAGCCCCCUCCAUUUCCUAGUGGUCCUCAGCCGAGGCCGCCAUAUGGUGCGCCACAAACGUCGCGGCGGAGACGGCAAAGAUGUCGCGACUUUGAUACAAAGGGUUUCUGUGCUCGCGGCAACUCAUGCCAGUUCGAUCAUGGGAUGGGGCCGAUUUAUUUGCCUUCUGACCCCGUGGGCAGGCCUGACGACUACUCCACAGGUAUGGCGGCAGCAUUAUUGUCACAGAAUUUCCAACAGUUGCAACAGCUGUGGGAAGCCGUCAACGCGGAGAAGGAGGCUCGAGGGAACGGCAACGGUGGCCGCGGCAGAGGCGGCGGACGUGGCCAGGGCCAGCGGCGCAAACGUAAAGCGUCCAUCUCCGCUGAGGGCCCGGUUCAUGACAAGACGAAGAGUACCAUUGUUGUCGAGAACAUCCCCGAGGAGAAAUUCUCGGAAGAGGAAGUUAGGGAGUUCUUCUCGCAGUUUGGUGAGAUUGUGCAAGUGACUAUGCAGCCGCGCAGGCGUUUGGCUGUCAUUAAGUACGAUACCUGGGCGGCUGCCAAUGGAGCGUAUCGCUCCCCUAAAGUCAUCUUUGACAACCGCUUCGUCAAAGUCUUUUGGUAUAAGGAGGACUCUUCUACUUCUGCCUCCGGGUCUAAGGGUCCAUCGGAUGGCAUGGACGUGGAUUCCGCCGACCGCGGUGCUUCUGCCGGACCCGAGUUUGACAUGGAGGAGUUUUUGAAGAAGCAACAGGAGGCUCAGCGGGCGCACGAAGAGAAGAUGCGGGAAAAAGAGGUGCUCGAGAGGCAACGGGAAGAGCUCGAGAAGCGGCAGAGGGAGCUCAUGGAACGGCAGCUUGAGGAGAAGCGAAAGCUCCAGGCCAAGCUCCGCGGUUCGCAAAACGGCGACGCCGCCGAGGGCAACCAAUCCACUAGCGAUGCGUUGCGUGCCCAGCUGGCGGCUCUCGAGGAAGAGGCCGAGCUCCUCGGCCUCGAUCCUCACGCGGAUGACGCGAGCUCUCACGGUGGAGGAGGCGGCAGCAGCUUUCGUGGAGGGAUCUUCCGAGGACGGGGUCGCGGCCGAGGUGGCUUCCCGCCUCGCGGUCGGGGAUCCUUCCGUGCUGGGCACCGUGGUGGUGGUCGUGGGGGGUUCGGUCGGGGCGACGUCCACGCCGCGUACGCCGCUUACUCGCUUGAUAACCGGCCUAGGGUUGUGGCCAUCUCCGGCGUUGACUUUACGGAGCCUGAGAAGGACGAAGCGCUCCGCCAGCAUCUUCUCGGAGUCGGAGAGUUUACACACAUCGAGAGCACACCGUCCAGCGCGCAAAUAACAUUCAAAGACCGGAAGACCGCAGAGAAGUUCUUCUUUGGGGUGUCGAACAAAACUAUCGCCGGCAUUGAAGGCGAGCUGGAGCUCAGUUGGGUCAACAAAGCGCCAGGGCAAUCCCCGGUCGACCACGCCGGUUCAGGUCCCGGUUCCUCGAAGGAGGAGCAACAGGGGGCCGAGGAAGAUGAGACGAUGCAGGAUGCAGAGAAGGGGAACACUGCCGAUGAUACCAAGGCCCAGAAUACGCGACGGGGCAGUUCCUCGACUCGUGAUCGAAGGUUAGAUAUGGAUUACGAGGUCGCGGACGACGACGACGACGAGGGCGAAUGGGGUAUUGCGUGAAUCCUCGGAUCGAAGCAGUAGUUCAAAAGGACUGUGCCUCUUGGUAUCGUUUGAUAGAGAGUCAGUAUACAUGAUGACCAAAAGUGCAUCCGUUCGUCGUCUUCUAGGGGUUAGGAAAAGCUACCGUUUCUGUAGAAGCGA